GGCGUUUGCACAGCGGAGCCGGUCCCGCAGGUCCCUGUGGGCCCUUCCUCCGUCGGCACUUUUCUAGACGGGGUCAAAGGGCACAUUCGGGCGCAGGGUCAGGCGAGGGCGUCCGGACGGGGCGCCGGAUGGUCAGGAAUGUUGGGAGCGCGGACCCGACCGGACGCAGGGUCAUGCUCCGCUGUUUCUCCGCCCGACCUUGCCGUGCGGGUGCCGGCGAGCCGCCCCCGAGAAAUGCGGGGUGCAGUAGCGGCUCUACGAGGUCGUUAUGGGGCUGAGGGGCUCACGCUCUGAAGCUCCUAGGACCGUGCGUGGCUCCUGGGAAGUGCUCCGGGUCCUUAGCUAUGAUAAUAAGCGGUGCCAUUUCCAUCAACCGUUGUUUUCGUCGGGUGGCUGUGGUCAUCGUCCUCGCUCUGAAGAUGCGGGAGCUGAGUCACCGUGUAACUUACAGCUGUAGCAGAUGCUUUGAAGUGAUGAGGAGGUUUUUGUUACUCUAUGCUACGCAGCAAGGACAGGCAAAGGCUAUAGCCGAAGAAAUAAGUGAAAAAGCAGUUGCAUAUGGUUUUUCUGCAGAUCUUCACUGUAUUAGUGAGUCUCAUAAGUAUGAUCUGAAAACUGAAACAGCGCCUCUGGUGGUGGUGGUUUCUACCACGGGCAACGGAGACCUGCCAGACACAGCCCGCAAGUUUGCUAAAGCCAUACAGGACAAGACGCUGCCGGGUGACUUCUUUGCUCACCUGUGGUAUGGGUUACUAGGUGUGGACUGUAUUUUGUGCACUUACUGUACUGUUGCUGCUGGAUGUCUGGGUGAUUCAGAAUACACGUACUUCUGUAAUGGGGGGAAGAUAAUUGAUAAACGGUUUCAAGAGCUUGGUGCCCAGCGUUUCUAUGACACUGGCCACGCGGAUGACUGUGUAGGUUUAGAACUUGUGGUUGAGCCAUGGAUUAACGGACUCUGGGCCGCCCUGGCGAAGCAUUUUCUGUUGUGUAGAAGAAAAGAGGAGAUGAGUGGAACUCUCACAAUGGCAUCUAAUGCCUCCCAGAGGACAGACCCCGUGACACCAGAAUUAUUACACAUUGAAUCACAGGUUGGACUUCUGAGAUUAGAUGAUUCCAGACAAAAGGAUGCUGAAGUUUUAGAGCAAAAUGCAGUGAACAGAGGUCAAUCGAAUACAUCGAUUGCAGACUUUGAGCCCUCGCUUACCCGUUCAAUACCCCCGCUUUCACAGGCCUCUCUGAAUAUUCCCGCUUUACCACCAGAAUAUUUACAGGUGCAUCUGGAGGAGUCCUUUGGCCAGGAGGAAAGCCGAGCACCUGUGACCUCAGUGGAUCCAGUUUUUCACGUUCCAAUUUCAAAGGCAGUUCAGCUGACUAUGAAUGAUGCCAUAAAAACCACUCUUCUGAUAGAAUUGGACAUUUCAAAAACAGACUUUUCCUACCAGCCUGGAGAUGCCUUUAACGUGAUCUGUCCCAACAGUGACUCUGAGGUACAGCACCUACUCCAAAGACUGCAGCUCACAGACAGGAGAGAACAUUGUGUCAUCUUGAACAUUAAGGCAGACACGAAGAAGAAAGGAGCAGCCUUGCCCCAGCAUAUACCUGAGAAGUGUUCUCUCCAGUUCCUUCUUACCUGGUGCCUUGAAAUACGAGCGGUUCCUAAGAAGGCGUUCUUGCGAGCCCUCGUGGACCACACUGACGACGGCGUGGAGAAGCGACGGCUGCAGGAGCUGUGCAGCAGGCAGGGGGCGGCCGACUACAACCGCUUCGUCAGAGACUCCCGUGCCUGCCUUUUAGACCUCCUGCUGGCCUUUCCGUCCUGCCAGCCUCCGCUCGGCCUCCUGCUUGAACAUCUUCCUAAGCUCCAACCCAGACCAUAUUCAUGUGCAAGCUCGAGUCUGUUUCACCCAGGGAAGCUUCAUUUCAUUUUUAACAUCGUGGAGUUUUGGUCUGACACCACGGCGGUGGCUGUGCGGAAGGGCGUGUGCACAGGCUGGCUGGCCACAUUGGUUGAAUCGAUUCUUCAGCCGAACACACAUGCCUCCCGGGCAGACGAUGAGAAGGUCCUGGCGCCCGAGAUAUCCAUAUCUCCUCGGGCAACAAAUUUUUUCCAUUUACCAAAUGACCCCUCAGUCCCCAUCAUAAUGGUGGGUCCAGGAACCGGCAUAGCACCUUUCAUUGGCUUCCUGCAACAUAGAGAGAAACUCCAAGAACAUCACCCAGAUGGACACUUUGGAGCGAUGUGGUUGUUUUUUGGCUGCAGACAUAAGGCUAGGGAUUAUUUAUUCAGAGAGGAGCUCAGACAUUUCCUUAAGUGUGGAAUUCUCACUCACUUGAAAGUUUCCUUCUCAAGAGAUGCUCCUGUGGGAGAGGAAGAAGCCCCAGCAAAGUAUGUGCAAGACAAUAUCCAGCGUCACAGCAAGCAGGUAGCAAGGGUCCUUCUUCAGGAGAACGGUCAUGUUUACGUGUGUGGAGAUGCUAAGAAUAUGGCCAAGGAUGUAAAUGAUGUCCUUGUGGAGAUAAUAAGCAAAGAGGUUGGAGUUGAAAAACUAGAAGCAAUGAAAACAUUGGCUACUUUAAAAGAAGAAAAACGGUAUCUUCAGGAUAUUUGGUGAUAAAAUUGGAAAAUAAAGGAAGAGAAUUAAGCUUUUUGGCUGAAAGUACUAAAAGACAACUUUACUGAAGCUUGAGACUUCCGAUUUUUAAAAUUAAAAUUUUUUUUCAACAUUUCUUGGAGGAGGUCGGGGGCUGGCAUGGGGAGUGAACCAUUUAACAGUGUAAUAAGCUUUCAAUUCAGGUUCCAAUAUCUGCCCCCCCACCCUCCCUAAACCGCCCUGAGCUGAAAAAGGCAGCCCGCGCUCCUCCGCCAGCACCUCCCGGGGCGCCUCUCCCUCCUGGAGAGCUUCUCCAGGGACCGCGACCAGAUCACAGGGCAUCUCUAGCAGUACCUGUGAAGGCUUCUCAGUACGGGAUACGGGCACGAGCGUCACCUGGGUAGAUAGUUAAAUCUUGUGAGCUAGUCACCGUUUCUUUUUUAAAUAAUCUAAAAAUAAUUUAUAUUCUUAUGUAAAAUAUACAAUAAAAAUAUUCAUAUUAGUGCAUUAAAGUUA